AUGAAGCAUGCAAAGAUGUUGACAGGCGUUACCCUGUUGGCACUUGCAGCAGGAGAGGAUCUGACCGAGCAUGUGGAUAUUUUCAUGGGAACAGAAGGUGGAGGCAACAAUUUCCCUGGAGCAGUGCGACCCUUCGGCAUGGUCAAGCUCGGCCCUGAUCUCCUGCUAUCAGGCACAGACUCAUACUCAGGCUAUCUGCCCGAUGGCAACUUCUCGGGUUUCAGCAUGAUGCACGAACAAGGGACAGGCGGGGCACCAAAAUACGGCACUGUCUCACAAUUGCCCUUGAUUGGCAAUAUCAGUGAUCCCUUGUCUAACAUCACUGUAUCGCGAAGUGGCACUGAUGAAGGUUCUGUCGGAUACUACAAAGCUGAGACUGGAGAUGGCAUUGAGGUUGAACUGAGUGCUUCUUCCAGAGCAGGUAUCUAUCGCUAUACAUUCCCCUCGGGGUCGCAAGGGAAUGUACUGGUUGAUGUAUCGCAUGUGUUGCCUUCAUUCCGGGGUCAAGGGCUGAGUCAGGGCUAUGAGGGUGGUAACAUUACCAUUUCCGCUGAUGGCCAUUAUGAAGGCUCUGGUGUGUAUAACAAUGGAUGGAAUGAGGCGCCGGACUGGACCAUUUACUUCUGUGGUUAUUUCGACUCUGUUGCUACGAGUAACAAGACCUAUACGGCGACAGGUGCAGCUAAGAGUGUUGAGCAGCUCGGUGGCUUUGCUACGUCUUCAUCCAACUCUACUCGUGUCGGUGGCUUGUUCUCGUUCAGUGACACUGAAGUCAUCUCUCGUGUGGGCAUCUCCUGGAUCUCAACUCAGAAAGCCUGUGACAAUGUGAACAACGAGAUUCCAGAGGGUACAUCAUUUGCUUCGGUCGUGGAUGAUGCGGUUACCGAAUGGAACAGCGAGGUCUUAUCCAAGGUCACGACAAGCAACACCAACGAGACCAGUCUCAGUCUACUAUACACGUCCCUCUACUUCAUGCAUCUCAUCCCGACAAACCAGACCGGAGAAAAUCCGGGCUGGACAUCAUCUGAGCCUUAUUACCAGGACAUUUUCACUUUCUGGGAUCUCUUCCGCUGCUCCACAUCCCUUAUGCAGGUUCUCCAGCCAACAGCUUACGAAGAGCAAAUCCGCUCUCUUAUUGAUAUCUGGAGAAACGUCGGCUACAUGCCAGACGCCCGAUCUUCCAACUACAACGGCCGCUCACAAGGUGGUUCCAACGCUGACAAUGUCCUCGCAGACGCCUACGUAAAAGGCGUCCGUGGUUCAGUGAACUGGGAAGACGGCUACAAAGCCAUGGUCAAAGACGCAGAAGUCACGCCCGUGAACUGGCCCGUCGACUGGAUGGCCCCAGACUCCUCGACCCACGACGGUCGAAGCGCACUCCCAGACUGGCUUGAAUACGGGUAUAUCACACCCACUUUCAGCCGGGCCGUUAGCCGAGCCGUGGAGUACGCAUAUAACGAUUUCGGACUUUACCAGGUUGCGUCUGGACUGGGAAAGACGGAAGAUGCGAAAACGUAUCUGAAUCGCUCCCGUAACUGGCGGAAUCAUUGGAAUCCGGACCAGACUUCGCUGGGAUACUCGGGUUUCGUGGUCCCACGCAAUACCUCCAGCUUUAUUGAGACGGACCCUUUGACUGAUAGUGGGUACUGGGGUGAUCCGUAUUACGAGGCUAGUUCUUGGGCGUAUUCUUUUGCGGAUGUGCAUGAUAUGAAGCACAUGAUUGAUCUUAUGGGUGGGACGGAAACUGUUGUCUCGAGACUGGAUACUAUGUUCACUGAUGGUGCCAGUGGAUCGAGUGGAACUAUUUUUGAUCCGACCAACGAACCAAUGUUUAAUCUUCCAUAUCUGUACAACUUUGUCGGUCGACAGGAUCUGGCUGUCUCGCGAUCUCGCAAGGUCGCUAAAGAAGAUUAUACGACCGGUGUGUCUGGACUUCCGGGCAACAGUGAUGCAGGAGCUAUGCAGACCUGGUUGCUCUGGAACAUGAUCGGCCUGUACCCGAUCACCGGCCAGACAACCUUCUUGAUUCAUUCACCCUGGUUCGCGUCCAUGACCAUUGAUCUGGGCGAUAAGAAGACACUACAGAUCACUUCUUCGGGCGGAGAUGGAAAUGGUGACAGCGACAUCUAUGUGCAAAGUCUCAAGGUCAAUGGCAAGGCCUGGAAGAAGAGCUGGUUGACCUGGGAUGACAUCUUUGCGCAAGGUGGCACGCUGGAGUUUGAGCUGGGGCCGACCGCAGUCAAUUGGACGACAGGUGAGCUGCCGCCAAGUCCUGCAUCCUAA